AUGAAUUUAGGUCAGCAGAGAGUGAAAGAGAUAAAACAUUUCAGAAAAUCAAAUCAAACGAUACAAUUGAAGAAAUCUGAGAAUAACCCGUCAAAAUUAAGAGAAAUGGCAACCAAAGUUAAUGAGAAAGAAGCAAACUUGGUGAAGUCUAGGAGGGGAGGAAGGCUUCCUUGCAUCCGGCUCCCUGAAAAAAUGGGAGGGGUUAAUGCCCCUUUGGGGAAAAAUACUUAAACUUGUAACCAAUGAACCUCCUUCCACUCCAUACCCCAUUCUAAUUCACAGAGGCAGCUAUAAAACCUGCAUAUCCCCUCCCUCAAUCAACCCCCAAUUUCUUGUUACAAAUAGAAAUCCUUCUCAACAAUCAGAACCCUACUUCGUUUUUCUUCUUCUUCGUUCAUAGAUAAUUUUGAGGUUGAAUUAGACUUGGGUUCUUGGUUUCUUGCAUACUUCUGAGUUCUUAUCAGAGAAAACGACAUUGUAAUUCAUCUUUUGCACACUGUCUGAAAGAAUUGGAGAUAAAGAUUAGAGAGAAUGUCAACCAUUCGAGAGCUUCGAUGUAGUGAUCUUCUUGAAAUAACCCAUAUGACGAUGGGUCAGGGUAAUAUGGGACCCUUGAGAGAGUUAAUGUUAAUCAUGGCGAAAUUCCCUGAGUACUCUCUUGUUUGUGUAUCUCCUGGGAAUCGAAUUAAAGGUUUCAUUGCUGGAUAUAAUACAGGAAAAGGUGUUGAUAGGGAUUGCGAAAUAAAUGAUUUGCGUUUCCGUGACACAGACAUCAUUUGGAUGUUACUCAAGGCAGUUGAGGAGAGAGCCGAGAAGAAUCCUCGUAAGGUAUUUUUUGUGGAAGUAGAUGUGCUCUCCGAAAACCAAAAAUUAGUCGAAUUGCACAAACAAAUGGGGUAUACCUGCCAUAAGGAGUAUUUUGAUAUCAUUGAAGGAGAGAUGGUAAAUAAGACAGUAUUCAGGAAAUAUUUGUCAGGUGGAGACUUGCAUAUCUAAACAGAAUUACAGCAGCAACAUGACAAAUCUGUUGCAGCAGAAGCUACAACAAUCAUUGGCAUAUAAAAUUGGACUCUUGGUGCCUUCUUAUAUAUACUAGUUUCAGAUUUGUGUCAAUAAUAGGUACACUUGUAAAUACUGACAGGGAUAUACAAUAAACACGAUAAAUAGUAUGUCAUGGUGAUAUGUAGGUCUUACAAUGUAUGGAUUCAUCAGGUACUUCAGUUACAGAGUUGUUGCUAAAGAUGUUAAGUACGUAGUCAGCAGGUGGCAUUCCAGCCCAAGAAGUCUUGGUUAUAUAUAACUGUGUGCAUUUUUCUGUAAAUACUUGUCAGAACCAGUAUGUUUAUAUUUUCUGCAACAUGUCAUAUACUUGUUUCUGUGAGCAAUUUUGUUGUUCCAUCAUUUUGUCA